AAAUUUAUUCAUCCGCGAUGUUCUUCCAUGCCAGCUGCGUCUUGAUCUCUUGGAGAUGACUCAGCUUCAUGAGAAGAGAGACGCUGAUUACUCUUCAUCCUGCUGGAUUCUCGAGCUCGUCGGUAUGGCAUUGACUCCAUGUAUUCGACUACCUUCGAAGAAAGAAAGAAAGAGAAAAGGAAUACAAGGUCCAGCGUUUCGUCGCAAUUGACAUUUCCGGCGGCGGAAUCGGCGCGAAAAUACAAACAACGAUAGCGACACGACGAUUCUGGUUCUGGUUGCCGCCAGGUAUCGCCACCGACAACAACAAUGGCGUCCGGUCGAUAGUCGACGGACGGAAGGAGGCGCUCUCUCGACUCUCGGCCUCGGCGAAGGUCGGAGACACACACAGUCUAGGCGAGAGACGGGGUUCUUCCUUCGCGUAAGAGAGAGACGAAAUCGAGUCGCGUCCGGGAAGUGCGCGCGGUAACGAGAAAAUAUGUCGCGUUCGAUCGCGCGACGACGACGACGGGCCGCGUAAUCGAUCGAUCGCGCGCGUCGGCACGUUUUCGCGCGAACGGCAGCGUGUCCGAACAUGCGUCCGGCGCGGGACGACCGAGGGUACCGAGCGACAACCGAGGAGGCUCCUUCGAGGAACUGUCAGGGGGACCGUCGCCACCACCAUCGCCGCCGACGCCGCCACCACCGCCGUUCCGCGUGAGUCAGUGCGAGCUCGGACGGAGGCGACGCGCACGCAAAAUGGCUUCGGGCGACAAUGUGGACAUGAUCGAGGUGGUCGAGAGCUCGACGAGCUUCCCCGGAUCGGCGACGCAGCCCGCGAUGGAUCACCUCAGGCCGGACCAGUCCACCGCCGAGGAAGACUAUAAAUCGAUUGGAGAAAAAACAACAGCAUUUGACAGUUUAGUGGUACAACAUGGUAUCACCGGAGGCAAAACCCCUGCGGGGGUAUCGAGAAACAAAUCGGAACGAGAGAGAAAGAUCGGGCAUCGAAGAGUUGGAGUGGGUGGUGAAAUUACAUAUAAGAAAAUUCAAACUACGCAAAUUAUGGGAUCCAUUCAGUUGGGAAUACAGCAUGCUGUCGGUGGUCUUGCAAGUAAACCGGAACGCGAUCUAUUAAUGCAGGACUUUAUGACAGUGGAGACAACGAACUUUCCCAGUGAAGGGUCAAAUCAUACUCCAGCCCAUCAUUUUUCGGAGUUUAAAUUUAAAAAUUAUGCACCCAUUGCAUUUCGUUACUUUAGAGAUCUCUUUGGCAUACAACCGGAUGAUUUUUUGAUGUCAAUGUGUAGCGCUCCGUUGCGUGAAUUAUCAAAUCCUGGCGCUAGUGGGAGUAUCUUUUAUCUAACGGAUGAUGAUGAAUUUAUCAUAAAGACUGUGCAGCAUAAAGAGGGAGAGUUUUUACAAACUCUACUUCCAGGAUAUUAUAUGAAUCUAAAUCAGAAUCCGAGGACACUAUUGCCAAAAUUUUUUGGGUUGUAUUGCUAUCGAUGUAAUAGUAAGAAUGUUAGAUUAAUAGCUAUGAAUAAUCUUUUACCUUCGUUUGUAAAAUUGCAUCAGAAAUAUGAUUUAAAAGGAUCUACAUAUAAGAGAAAGGCAUCGAAAGGAGAACGUUCAAAGUCUUCACCGACGUAUAAAGAUUUAGAUUUCAUAGAGCAUCAUCCAGAAGGCAUCUUUUUAGAGGCCGAUACGUAUGGUGCGUUAGUAAAAACUAUUCAACGGGAUUGUCGUGUAUUAGAAAGUUUCAAAAUUAUGGAUUAUUCUUUACUUGUUGGAAUCCAUAAUCUUGACCAGGCUGCAAAGGAAAAAGCUCAAGAGCAAAGAUUGUCAGCAAGCGCGGAUGAAGAAGUUGGAGAAAUGGGUGAAACUGAUGGAUUUAUUCAAUCUGAAAGGGAAAAGGAUAGAGAAGAUAGAAUAGGCGCUGCCGCUUUGAAUCGAUCGCGCAGUAUAAAUCGUCAAAGAUUGGUUGCUCAUAGUACGGCAAUGGAAAGUAUUCAAGCUGAGAGUGAACCGAUAGAUGAAGAAGAUGAUGUACCCUCAGGCGGUAUUCCUGCCAGAAACGCACGCGGUGAACGUCUUCUGUUAUUUCUUGGUAUUAUCGAUAUUUUGCAGAGCUAUAGAUUGAAAAAGAAAUUAGAACAUACGUGGAAAUCGAUGAUACAUGAUGGGGAUACUGUGUCGGUACAUCGACCAGGAUUUUACGCGCAACGCUUUCAGGAUUUCAUGGCCAAGACAGUAUUUAAGAAAAUACCAUCACUGGACCUACCUGAGAUUAAGGGGAAUCACCGCAAAUUCCGUAACCUCGUCACCAGCUAUAUAGCCUUGAAGCAUUCCCCGUCGAAGAGAAAGAGUAUAAGCAGACCGCUGAGGCCGCUGGAGGGUGAUUUCGAUUCGACUGCGGUGGCGGCAACUGGAGGUUCGGCAAUGCAUGCUACAUCACCCACGAAGGCCGCGGUUAGCCUGCCCGAGUCUGCGAUCAGCGCGACGAACGCGGCAGUCACGAGUGGCUCGGUGCCGAUCGCCACCUCGACCCCGGUUAAUCCCGUCGCCGGUCCGCUGAGUCCGCCCCCGUUGACCCUGGCCGCCGGUCCGCAUCCGCACGAGCAUCCGCCCGGGCCCGCUCCCGCGGUCAAGGUCACGAGUUACCCGGCCGUGCUGAAGGGUAGAAGCGCGGCGAGUCCGCCGAAUCCGAACCUGGUCCCGUCCGGCAAGGUUCCGCCGCCGGUGCCGCCGCGGGGCACGGGUCCUUCGAGGACCUCCGCCAGGUCCUCCGAGGAGCACCGGACGGCCGGCGCCACCACCUCCUCGACGACGUCGUCGGUGACUUCCAGCCGAGGUGGCACCCUUCCUUCCACCUGUUCCACCCCGCCCCCGCCCUUUGACGAUGCAGUCCGCUCGAACGACCAAACUCUGGCUUCCGGUGGUCAUCUUCAACAAGGCGCGACCAUCCUCGCGAGCAACCUGAGUUCCGCUCAUUCCAAGCAAAAUAAGGUUGUUCAUCAUGUUACGCUUACCAAGACGUAUCACGACACUGUGAGGAAAAGGAGAAUCAUAUCGGACGUGCAUUUGGAGAGCAGCGGUAGCGGUAGCGGCAGCGGCGGCAGGGAAACCAAGUCCUCGCUGAGCGUCGAGAGCGGAGGCAGCAGUCGUGGGGGUGGCUGUCUCACGUGGACUCCACCGGCCGGAAGCGCCGAGGGUUCGACACCCACGUGGACCGAGGGGACGCCGUCCUUCACCGAGAGUUCUAGCAGCGGCGACAUAGGUUGCCCGACGACGCCGAUCAAGGGUAAUCAACGUCAGGAUGACGGCGGAAGGAUCGCGGCCACCGUGGAAGAGGCACUAGCGAGUCUCACGACCGAAAUGACUCAUCUAUAAACGAGCGAACGGAGAUAGUUAUAGAAAAAGCAAAAAGAGAGCGAGAAAAAUGAUUGCGGGACACAAAUAUGACUGGCCUGACGGGCAGUUGGUGCAUUUAUAGAAAUCUCUGGAAUUAGUGUAUGAAAAAAGCUUUAGUAUUAAGUUCAACGUAAGUCCCAAACACGUAGCAAAUAAGCAAAGUAUGCUUGGAACUGACAGAGUGCUGUCGAUAUAUCCCUUUUACACCGAGAGAAAAAUUAGUUCGACUUUAUAUUCCACUUAGAAUUUUUGCAAAAUAACUCAAAGUGGUAACAAAAUUUAAAUUAGAAAAUUAUAUUUAAAUUUAAUCAAUUGUAAGUUAUAGUUGCAAUCAUCUGCUGAAAAAAUAUUUUCCUCUCGGUGUCCUUGUUGAACAUCUGUAAAGUCUUUAAGAAAAUCUUUAUUUAUUUAAAAAAUUAUUCAAUAUAAUCGUUCAGUUAACAAUUAUAUUAUAUAAAUGAUAAAUGAUCGAUGUGUAUACAUAUAGUACAAAUCUCGAAACGUUAGAAGAUAUUUCUUCGAGAUAUAUCGCGCAUAUAUAAUUUCAUAUAAUAAUUACCAAGGCAAUUACCCUUGUUAAUUGUUUUCUCUGAUUUUUGCCAAGCGGAGUAUUGAAAAGAUGUUUUUCGACUCGAUGGCCUCGCUGCUGCUUUUGGCAACGAGUGCAUUAUGUUUAAGUUAUUUAUUUUUUUCUGCUACCGUGUACUGCCUCAUGUACCAAUUAAGAUGUUUUUUUCGUGACUAUAUCGAGUACACGCAACGGGUAUCACUUCCGUAAAUUUAUUUGCGAAAAUUGCAUUUGCAUACUUUCACAUCUCUAUACUGUCUUUCAACAUAGACCCUCUAAAGAUCUUUCAGUCAAAUCUUUUUUUCCUAUUCUUAUCAUUUCGAAAUAAUAAAAUCACAAUUAUUAAGCUGCGAAUAUAUAAAUAAACGGUCGAGCAGCGGUGUUUUACUUACAGAUCGUUUGAUUAAAGUGCAUGUGUGUCUCGAUCGCGGAAGAUAGUUUGUCAUUUGAUAGCGUGCACGUUUAGAUGUGUUUAACACAUAGUGGAUGUAUUUUCGGGGAAAUAUAUCCGCGAAACGUGAAUGAGCAGAGAUCGUAAGUGCUGAGAUACAAAUUGCAGGGGAAGGUGUUAGCGGUAACUAGCAAUUACCUCAAUUGAUCUUGGCAUAGAUAUUUUAAUAACGAGACUUGCCUCAAUUGCCACGAGUUAAUUGUCAUAAUAGACGCAAGUUUCUAUCAUGUGUAUGCGUAUCUCUGCCAUUGAAACUAUUGAAUCCGUCGCGAUAAUUGCGUUCUCAUUCCAUAUGCAUAAAUACGCUGUCUCGAAAUUCUUGCAUCAUUCUUGUACAUUCUUGUAUAAAUCUGAGCAUUCUCAGUCUUUUCCGCAAUUUAGCAAAUUGUUACGUACGAUAAUGAAGUGUUAAGAAUUCCGUGUACAUAUAAUUAUUACAAAAGAAAUUAAUUGGAAAAACAUUCCUUUUCCGAUCCCGUAAUCUUUCAACGUUUCCCAAUUUUUAAUUCGAGUUUAGUAUUCUGCGUUAUUGUAAAUAAAUAUUAUUUUUUCCGUGUUUCUCGUUUACGCAGUAUUAAAAUCAUUCUUCUCCGAAAAAUGUUCACGCGAAUGGCACGGCAGAAAACGCUCGUAAUUCACAAAUAGUUUGAGAAUAGAUUUUAAAUUUUAAAAAAAGUUGAGUAGAAUAUAAGUACAAUUAUGCAAUAAUCGAGGAAGAUAAACAAUGAGAAAUAUACGGUUAUUGAUCUUUCAUGAGUGAAUGUCUCUGUUAUCUUUCUUUAGUCUUUUUACUCUAAUACAAAAUAUUUUAAUAAUACAUUAUAUCAGAGUGAUUAAUAUUGUAAAUAACUAAAAUGACAAAUUGCAAAACUAAAAGAAUUGUCACAUAUAAGAAGAAAUUGUACUAUUUUAAAUAAUAAAUUAUAUUAAUUAAU